AUGUGCAGUGAUAGCAGCAGCAGUAGAAGCCGCAAUCGGAACACAUGCUGUGCUGAAGUGUUGCACUUUGGAUCGAAGGUCGGUGCAGAUCUGGAAAAUAUUGUCUAUUACAGAGGUGAUGAAAGUCACUACAUGAUCAUGACUCCCUCGAAACAGUGCCUGGUGGAGAAGGGCUGCCUUGCCGCCGCCGAGUCCCUGGACGGCGCCCCUCUGCUGCGGGAGGACAACGUUGACCUGGAGAAUUUGAAAUCUUUGGCGAAAGAGGUGGCGCAGCACUUUGGGCUUCCAACGCUCCUGACAGCAGAGCAGUCGGCUUUGAUCUUCGACUUUUCUGACACAAAGCGCCACGAGCAGGCGAUGCUUUUCCAAGACGCAGACGGAGAGGGCGCACCUCUCCCAAUCUCUUUAGCAGGCGAUGCCCUGCUGGAGCCCUUCUGGCCUACAGGCCUCGGCUGCAUCCGCGGCUUUUUGGGCGGGCUGGACUCGGUGGCGUGUCUCAGCACCUGGUUCAAAACUGGUGACCGGGACCAGGCGCUAGCCAAGGCGGAGCGAGCCUACAGGGCCCUGAAAUCCGUGGAUUCUCAGACGAAGGACAUGACGUUGAAGCCAGACAGCGAGUGGCGGAUUGAGCCGGCCACUCGCUACCGGCAUAUGUGA